CCACUCCAGAAGGCUUGGAGCCCCCGCCCGCGGAUACGCAUCUCGCCGCCCCAUGGCCGAUCUCCGACCGCCGGAGCCCACCACCAACGGCGCCGGCGCCGGCGCGGUCGCCGCGCUGCCGGCGGCGGAGCCGUCCGCCGCCGCCGAUGCGGCAGCCGCCGGAGGGGCGCAGGCGCCCGCCCCGCCCUACUCCAAGCGCCGCCGCCGCCCCAGCGUCCGCCUCGGCGACAUCGACGCCCCGCCGCCGCGGCGAAACCACAAGUCCUCCUCGUCCCACCCGCGCCCGCCGCGCCGCGCGCACCCGGACGACGGCGGCGGCGGCGCCGACCCGCACCACCGCCGGGGGCCCAAGCCCCCUGCCCAGCGCCGCCCGCGCACCGCGUGGAUUCCGGCCGCGCCCUCGGGCGCCGAGGGCUACGAGGACGAUGAGGAGCGCUACUACGACGACGAGGACCAGUCCGACUCCGCGGCGGCAGCCGCCGCCGCGAGAGCUAGGGUUUCUGGCAGCGGCGACGAGUCGGACGGCGUGGCGGACUGGGGCCUCCCCAACGGCCGCCUCCCCUCCGCCAUGGGUUACAGCGGCGUCAAGGCGUGGCUGGACGGGUUGGGGCUUUCUCGGUAUGCUCCUGUGUUUGAGAUCCAUGAGGUGGACGAUGAGGUGCUACCUAUGCUAACGCUGGAGGAUCUCAAGGACAUGGGCAUUGGAGCUGUUGGCUCAAGGAGGAAGAUGUACGCUGCCAUCCAGAAGCUCCGGAGCGACAGCGCCUCCUGAGUUGGCUACUGGUUAAGGCGUUGCUGGGCGGCUUCAAGAAGGGUGCAAGGAACUGAUAUGCUGAGUCAUUGAUACAUUGUAAGUUCAAAGAGUAGCGAGUGGAUCCUUAGUUGAAAAAUCAUAGUUUUUGGUCCUUUUGAAAUGUCACCUCCAAAAUGUGAUGGUUGUCAAAUAUGAUAGUCUGGUACAUUUUGCCGUAAUUAAAAGUAUGUUAGGAGUAUUCACUGGAGGAGUGGUUUUCAGUUUGUGGCUGAAAAGAGGCUCAGGGUAGAAAGGAAUAGUAAAGCCCAAGGACAGCAUUAGUUAUUCACUGGGGAGGAGUGGUUUUCAGUUAUGGCUUCUACCGCAGCAGCAUGUUGACAGCCAUGAGUUGUUACCAAAAAAGCUCAAGAAAUAGAGAGUAUCCCAACAAACUGUACUUAGGUUCGGUUGGGGUCAAAUUAUUGCGGCACGUUGGCAGAUAAUGUGCCAUGCCCAUGCCGCUGGGCUGAUGACACCACAGUGGUAAAUGAAGUGGAGAAUUUCGCCACAAGCUGUUGGCUGCAGUGAAGUAACUAGUAAUAUGUUUCGUAAGUGGAAUACCUCACAUUUCUUGUGUAUCCUGCCCAUCAUCUUUCAAGCCAAAGAUGAGUAGGUUGAAAGAGUAGCGAAUGGAUUCAUCAGUUGAAAAACCAUAAUUCUA